AUGUCGCAAUGUUGGGAUAUGUCACAGAAGGGCUUCUGCCCGCGUAUGACCAAGUUUGGGAAUUGCAAGUACUGCGAGGGCAAGGGCGAUAGCGACAAUGGCAAGGGCAAGGGCAAGAGUUGGGGCGGCGGCGGUAAAAGCUGGGAUGGCGGUUUUGGCGGCGGCUUUGGCGGCGGCAAAAGCUGGGGUGGUGGCAAGGGCUGGGACGGCGGUGCCAGCUACAGCAGUCCAGGCGGUGUGUGGAACCAGUUCCUGAAAUGGAACAAUGGCAAAGGCAAGGGCAAGGGCACCAAGAAGAAGAUCGACCCCAGCCGGACCAUUUGGGUCGGCAACAUCCCCGCAGAGACCAAGUUCCAGGAACUGAAAGCCCAUGUGGAGCUCAGCGGCGUUCAGCCGCUGUGGGCCGAGGUCUACAGCGGAAAGGGCCAAGGCACCGGUGCGAUCGGAUUCAAGACUGAUACUGAAGCCCAAGAAGCCGUGAUGGUCCUGAACGGCACAGUGUUCAAGAGCGUGACCCUCCAAUUUGACAGCUGGGAGCGACAGAAGAAGAUGCGCGAGCUCCCUCCACCACCGCUGAGUGACUCGGGAUGGCCCAGCUACAUCAACAAAGGCGCGUACAAUAUUUCCGUGCAGAUGUAUGGCCGGAAUGCCCCAGGCGCUGCAAGUCCCGGUCCGCUGCAUGUGACGAUCUGCGAGAUGCCCGACAGGUGUUUGCUGCCCUUGGAACUCCGGGAGCUCGUAACCGCGGGUGGUGCGGUUACGGCGGAGGCGGAGAGGACGUGGAGUGGUACAACUCUUUUCCCCAAAGCAGUGAAGGUGACGUCGCUGUCAGCGGAUCCGUACCUGGCGGACUUCGUGGAUGUGGAGCUGUCGGGUUCAUGGCGUCGCUUUCCGCUGAAUCGCUGGCUUUUGACACAGGACGGCUACACGGAGAAUGUUUGGGAAAGCUUCACUCCACCGCCCAUGCCAACGGCUGCACCCACCGAGACGCUUUACACGGAGGGCGACCGUUGUGGCGGCUGCGGCUUGGGCAUGAUCUGUCGAGAAAGGCCCCAAACUGCCUUGGAGUUAGCGAAACAGGGGAUAUCGCUGGCAACUGCUACCACUGCUGGAUUCCGAGGGCAGGGCAGAGUCGGCAGAGGGCAGGGUAGUGUUCGGAAAUCGAAUGCAGAAAAUCCGCCAUGGCUGGCCACUUUGGCGAGGCCUAUGGCAGGCGAUAUUUUGACGGGCUACGGCUUGUUGGAUGUCGGCAAAAGGAAUUGA